AUGGAUUCAGUGUUCCCUCACCUGGACGUGGGUCACCAGGGCCCCACUCUGGAGCCAGACCUGGAGGUGGGGCACGUUGACAAGCGCCUGGUGGCUGGGCUUUCACCCAUGGAGCCCGAUGGUGACGUGCUCUAUGCUAACUUUGGAGAUGAUGUGUCUUUACCUUGCUUCUUCACCUCCAGUGCCACACACCUGAGCUGGUACAAGCAGGUAGCAGGGGAGCAUCCUCAGAUCAUAUCGUUUUUCUACAAAUCUUCUCCCGACUCCAACAGGUUCUAUAACCAGUUUCAAGGCAACGAGCGCUUUUCAGUUCAUAUCGGGGAAGGAUUUUACAAUCUGAACAUCUCUAACGUCCAAGACUCUGAUGCAGCGAUGUACUCUUGCAGCUUUACCAGCAUUUCAGUCACCGUAUUCAACAACGGAACUUUUUUAGCACUAAAACAUAGGAGUUGCAGGUCUUUCCUCCAGCAGCCUGACUCUUACUCUGUCCAACCAGGAGGCUCUGUGACUUUGAGCUGCACRCUGAUCCCUGGGACCAGCCACGGAGAACACACUGCUUAUUGGUUCAAGGACUCAGGAAAAUCCCACCUGGGAAUCCUGUACACAAGCAGCGGUCAGUGCUGGAGGAGCUCUGACUGGGGGUCUCCUGCCCACUCAUGUGUGUACAGUUUAUCAAAGAGGAACGUGAGCCACUUUGAUGCUGGGACAUACUACUGUGCCGUGGCUUCAUGUGGACAGAUUCUGUUUGGGACGGGGACAAGACUGAGCGUCGAAGGAAACCAGCAGUUAACAGUUUAUGCAGUGCUUGCAGCCUUGGUCGUGUCUCUGAUUGUAAACCUUAUCCUGUGGUCUACUCUACGCCGCAUGUCCAGAAGAAAACAACUUACUUCUGAAGGGUCUCACCAGCCAGAAACUGCUGCUGACACUGAGAUCGAGAACUUCCCUGUUGUGCACUAUGCAGCUCUGGACUUCAAAAAGAAGCAAGACACAAGCAGCAGACAGAGGAAGGCAGAGGAAGAGACCAUUUACUCCAGAGUUUGAUGCUCASAUUUAAAGUAAUUCUGCUGUUUAUUCAGACUGC